CGGCAUCUCUCCUCGAGUCUGGAGCCCCCCUUCACCGCCCGGUCCCCCAAACAGAUCAAAAUCGAGUCUUCUGGUGCUAUCACCGUGGUGUCCACCACGUGCUUUUACUCUGAGGAAAGCCAAAACCCGGACGCGGAUGACGCAGAAGGGACGCCCACCAAGGACGAGGUGCCGCUGACGCCGACCCUGAGCGGCUUUUUGGAAUCGCCGCUGAAAUACCUGGACACGCCGACCAAAAGCCUCCUGGACACGCCGGCCAAGCGGGCACAAGCGGAAUUCCCCACCUGCGACUGUGUUGAGCAAAUCGUGGAGAAGGAUGAGGGGCCGUAUUACACCCACCUGGGCUCUGGGCCCACCGUGGCGUCCAUCAGGGAGCUCAUGGAGGAGCGGUAUGGCGAGAAGGGCAAGGCCAUCCGCAUCGAGAAGGUCAUCUACACGGGGAAGGAGGGGAAGAGCUCCCGGGGCUGCCCCAUCGCCAAGUGGGUGAUCCGGAGACACAACCAAGAGGAGAAACUGCUGUGCCUGGUGGGGCACCGCGCCGGCCACCACUGCCAGAACGCUGUCAUCAUCAUCCUGAUCCUGGCCUGGGAGGGCAUCCCACGCACGUUGGGCGACACGCUGUACCAGGAGCUCACUGACACCCUCACCAAGUACGGCAACCCCACCAGCCGCCGCUGCGGCUUUAACGACGACCGGACCUGCGCGUGCCAAGGCAAGGACCCCAACACCUGCGGCGCUUCCUUCUCCUUCGGCUGCUCUUGGAGCAUGUAUUUUAAUGGCUGCAAAUACGCCCGGAGCAAAACUCCCCGCAAGUUCAGGCUGGUGGGGGACAAUCCCAAAGAGGAAGAGCUGCUCCGGAAAAGCUUUCAGGACCUGGCCACCGAGGUUGCUCCGCUUUACAAGAGGCUGGCGCCGCAGGCCUACCAAAACCAGGUUACCAACGAGGACAUCGCGAUAGACUGCCGGCUGGGCUUGAAGGAGGGGAGGCCGUUCUCGGGAGUGACGGCGUGCAUGGACUUCUGCGCUCAUGCUCACAAAGAUCAGCAUAACCUCUACAACGGCUGCACGGUGGUCUGCACGCUGACGAAGGAAGACAAUCGUGUGGUGGGGAAGAUCCCUGAAGAUGAGCAACUACACGUCCUCCCCCUCUACAAGAUGUCCAGCACGGAUGAGUUUGGCAGCGAGGAGAACCAAAACGCCAAGGUGGGCAGUGGGGCCAUCCAGGUGCUCACAUCCUUCCCCCGCGAGGUCCGCAAGCUGCCCGAGCCUGCCAAGUCCUGCCGGCAGAGACAGCUGGAAGCAAAGAAAGCCGCCGCAGAGAAGAAGAAGCUGCAGAAAGGGAAGCUGGUGACGCCGGGGAAACUUCCUGGGCCGGUGGGUCACGGGGGCUGUGUGUGUGCUGUGCCUGCAGGUAUGGCGUUGAAAAGUGGGCUGCCCCCGCAGCCGCUGAAACCUUCCAUCAAGGUGGAGCCGCAGAGCCAUUACAACGCCUUCAAGUACAACGGCAACGCGGUGGUGGAGAGCUACUCGGUGCUGGGGAGCUGCCGGCCCUCCGACCCGUACAGCAUGAACAGUGUUUACUCUUACCAUUCCUACUAUGCACAGCCCAAUCUGCCUUCCGUGAACGGGUUUCACUCCAAGUUCGCGCUUCCCUCCUUCGGGUAUUACGGUUUUUCCAGCAACCACGUGUUCCCCUCGCAGUUUCUGAAUUACGGGGCGCCCGAGAGGAGCGGGAGCAGCUGGGUGAGCAAUGGCUACGAGAAGAAGCCUGAGAUCCCAGCGUUGCAGGAGAACCUCAACCACGAGUGGUCAGACAGCGAGCACAACUUCCUGGACGAGAACAUCGGCGGGGUGGCCGUGGCGCCCGCCCACGGCUCCAUCCUCAUCGAGUGCGCCCGCCGCGAGCUCCAUGCCACCACCCCGCUGAAGAAACCCAACCGCUGCCACCCCACCCGCAUCUCCCUGGUCUUCUACCAACACAAGAACUUGAACCAGCCCAACCACGGCCUGGCGCUGUGGGAGGCCAAGAUGAAGCAGUUGGCGGAGCGGGCUCGAGCCCGGCAAGAGGAGGCGGCGCGCCUGGGUCUCCCGCCGGACGCCAAAGCCUUCGCCAAGAAACGCAAGUGGGGCGGCGCGUUGGCGAGCGAGGCGCCCAGCAAGGAGAGGAGGGACUCGGUCCCCACGCGGCAGGCGGUGGCCAUCCCCACCAACUCCGCCAUCACUGUGUCCUCCUACGCCUACACCAAGGUGACGGGCCCCUACAGCCGCUGGAUCUGA